UAGCAAUGACAGACAAGUAUUACAUUCAAAAUAGCAGGCAAAAGGGUUUCAAAUCAUGCCAUUAGGAAAUCUUCUGGAUAAAAAUCAAGGGAAAUUAGAUAUGAGUGAUGAUGUGAUGAGAUGUAUAACAGGCAACAGGAUUGGAUUCGAGAAUUUCAGUUGGUGGCGGUAAUGCAAGCUGGUUUGCCAACAGCCAUUAACACACAAGAAGAAGAAACAAUUUUUUUUUGGCCCUGCUCGACUUCCCAGUUUACAGUUCUUCCGUUUAAAACAGUAGAAUAGUGAUUAUGUUGUUCAUGGCACUAAAGAUUCAGUUGAAUGCUUGAUUCUGUCUCUUGAGGACGCGUCUUGACAACGUCUUCGACGAAGCAUAUGCUUUUUUAGCGAAGACCCUCGAUCUACCCGGUAAUAUAAUUCGUUUUUAUACAUCGAUUGAAGCUGUAUUAUAAAGUUGAUCGGAAAUGUUAAGUAUGUGGACCAUAGUUUAGCACACUGUCGUCUCUGCUUAAUCCACGUGGGAUUUAGAAAGUGUUUUUUUUAUUUAUUUUAUUUUAUUUUAUUUAUUUUUUUUAUUUUUAGAAAGAACUGCAGUGCAAUAUUUUUAAAGCGCAGCGGAGAGGCCUUGGAAAGACAUUCUAGCGACCAAAUAACAGAGCAGAUGCCAUUAGACCAACCAUGAGGCCAUUUCAAUCUCCAUGGAGACAUAUUUUUCUCAUAAUAUUUUAUGUGCCCAUUUUAGCUGGAUUUUCAAUCCCUGUUGCAGUAAAUUUGAGGGAUACUGCUGUUCUCACAUGUAAUGAGACAUGUGAUGGAGCUGUUUUAUGGACAGCUAAUCGUGAAAACCUUGAGGUUUUAAAAUGUGUCCAAGAGCCUUGUACUGAAGGAGAUGGCUUUAAGAACAGAGUAAGUCUUUCAUCUGAAAAGAUCAAGCAUGGAACCCUGUCUCUCACCAUACAUCCUUCCCUGUACAAUGAUGAAGGCUGGUACGAGGCUUAUUGUGAUUCAGCAUUUGUAUGUAGAGUCUACUUGGAAGUUUUUGUACCCAACACUGUGAAUGCCUCAUUUGGAGACAAUGUCACGCUAUUCUGCUAUGCACGUACAGAGAAAAAUAUAGAUAAUAAUGAUGUAAACAUCCUGUGGAAAAGAGAAGAUCAAACAGUUUUGCAAGUUCAAAAUGGGAUAACACACCACGGUUCAGGCUUUGCAGGCAGGGUUUCAGUAAAUCACUACAGGGAGGGAGAUCUUUCCCUUACCAUACUUAGGGUCACCACAACAGAUAAGGGGUUAUACCGGUGCUAUCACAAAACACAAGAGGAACAUGGGCAUCCCGGAGCCAUCACUCUCAACAUUAAAGCUCACCAGCUUUCUCUUUCUAAAAAGUCUGGUGAUAAUCUCACCCUGAACCUGUUCAGCUCAGACCCAGCCACACUAACUUUCAACAAGUCAAAGGCAGCUGAGAUGCUGGUCUGCAGUGUGAAGAGAGGCAAAGCUACAUGCAGCCCUGGCUACAAUGACCGAGUGUCUGUCCUUAAUUACUCUCUUGUGCUGCAUGGGUUGACAGCAUCUGAUUGUGGGACAUUUACUGUGAAAGACCAGAUGGGUGAAGUCAUUAGUGUCAACACAGUCACUGUGGAGGGGCUCGCCCAAAGAAAUCACUUCAUAGCUAUAUCCGUACCAGCUGGUUUUGUUCUCUUUUGCAUUUGCCUUAUCGCCACAAUCUUUUGGUGUCAAUAUCAUAGAAAGACGCAGACACAGCAAAGGGACAUUUCACUGGUAAUCAGUCCAGCAUCAUUGAGCGAACCUGAACAGAUUGGAUUGUCAGAGCAGGAGACGGGCCAAAACAGUAUUUCAGAGCGGCCUCCCACUCCUCAUGCUCCUAUAGAGGAGACCACACCUUUGAUGCCUGUGAUGACCACUGAGAAGCAGGACAACAUUGCAGAGGAGAGAUCUACACACCUGGUAUUUUAUGGGGACUAAGAGUGGGAGAAACAAGUUAAACAAUAUAGGAAUGCAUUAAUGGAAAUUAUGAACUGCUUAAGUUUUCUCUUCUGCUGUCCUAUUGCAGCAUUUCUCAAACUGGGGUCUGCUGAAAAUUUCUGAAAUGUGAACAAAAAUACUCAACAAAAAAGGGCUCCAUGGUUUGAACAAUAUGCUCUGGUACAUUCUUUUUAAGGGCUUUCUUGGGGUUCUGCAUAACUGUGCCAAUGAACCGUAUAUGAAGAAAGUAGUCAACAAUGAGUAUGCUGGUCCACUUUAGCAAGUUUCAUGUGUAUAAAGUGGAAUUAAAAUGUUUAAUCAGGGUUUCCGCAGAUUUUAAAAAGUCUAAAUUCGCACUUCAGCAAAUUAAGGCCUUGAAAAGGUAUUAAAUCGGAGCAACAAGUCUUAAAUCAUAAGGUCAUGGCAUUAAAUGUUGUAUGAGGGAUUGUUUUCUCAUUGCGUUUAAGUAGGGUGACAAGACAUCCCAUUUUUAAGAGGUGUGUCCCGACAAUUCUCUAAACAAUGUAGAGGUGCUGGUCAUAUAAUUAGAAUAUCAUCAAAAAGUUGAUUUAUUUCACUAAUUCCAUUCAAAAAGUGAAACUUGUAUAUUAUAUUCAUUCAUUACACACAGACUGAUAUAUUUCAAAUGUUUAUUUCUUUUAAUUUUGAUGAUUAUAACUGACAACUAAGGAAAAUCCCAAAUUCAGUAUCUCAGAAAUUUAGAAUAUUACUUAAGACCAAUACAAAGAAAGGAUUUUUAGAAAUCUUGGCCAACAAAGGCUCCUUUUGCCUGAAUUACUGCAGCAAUGUGGUGUGGCAUGGAGUCGAUCAGUCUGUGGCACUGCUCAGGUGUUAUGAGAGCCCAGGUUGCUCUGAUAGUGGCCUUCAGCUCUUCUGCAUUGUUGGGUCUGGCAUAUUGCAUCUUCCUCUACACAAUACCCCAUAGAUUUUCUAUGGGGUUAAGGUCAGGCGAGUUUGCUGGCCAAUUAAGAACAGGGAUACCAUGGUCCUUAAACCAGAUACUGGUUGCUUUGGCACUGUGUGCAGGUGCCAAGUCCUGUUGGAAAAUGAAAUCUGCACCUCCAUAAAGUUGGUCAGCAGCAGGAAGCAUGAAGUGCUCUAAAACUUCCUGGUAUACGGCUGCGUUGACCUUGGACCUCAGAAAACACAGUGGACCAACACCAGCAGAUGACAUGGCACCCCAAACCAUCACUGACUGUGGAAACUUUACACUGGACCUCAAGCAACGUGGAUUGUGUGCCUCUCCUCUCUUCCUCCAGACUUUGGGACCCUGAUUUCCAAAGGAAAUGCAAAAUUUACUUUCAUCAGAGAACAUAACUUUGGACCACUCAGCAGCAGUCCAGUCCUUUUUGUCUUUAGCCCAGGCGAGACGCUUCAGACGCUGUCUGUUGUUCAAGAGUUGCUUGACACAAGGAAUGCGACAGCUGAAACCCAUGUCUUGCAUACGUCUGUGCGUAGUGGUCCUCCCCCACAUUUUUGAAUGGGUUUUGUUUCACAAUCCUCUCCAGGGUGCGGUUAUCCCUAUUGCUUGUACACUUUUUUCUACCACAUCUUUUCCUUCCCUUCGCCUCUCUAUUAAUGUGCUUGGACACAGAGCUCUGUGAACAGCCAGCCUCUUUUGCAAUGACCUUUUGUGUCUUGCCCUCCUUGUGCAACAUGUCAAUGGUCGUCUUUUGGACAACUGUCAAGUCAGCAGUCUUCCCCAUGAUUGUGUAGCGUACAGAACUAGACUGAGAGACCAUUUAAAGGCCUUUGCAGGUGUUUUGAGUUAAUUAGCUGAUUAGAGUGUGGCACCAGGUGUCUUCAAUAUUGAACCUUUUCACAAUAUUCUAAUUUUCUGAGAUACUGAAUUUGGGAUUUUCCUUAGUUGUCAGUUAUAAUCAUCAAAAUUAAAAGAAAUAAACAUUUGAAUGAAUGAAUAUAAUAUACAAGUUUCACUUUUUGAAUGGAAUUAGUGAAAUAAAUCAACUUUUUGAUGAUAUUCUAAUUAUAUGACCAGCACCUGUAUGUCCCGGUUUCAGCUGGUAGGCUCACUGAUUUUUUUCUAAUUAUAUUUAAUAUACUCAUUUUCCUUCUCGCUAUUGUCUUUAGUAUCGUUUGCAGAGAAGAGAAGCAAUUUUGAAGCAUCGCACGUUGAUUUGACGAUACUUUCAUUCUAGUCUUUCAGCAAAUCCGCUGAAAUAUAUCUGGUUACCAUGGCAAUGACGUCAUGCGCUUGGCGCAAGUUAGAAAUGUACCAAUAAAAACUAGUUUUCAACAACGAGCUCAAAAAGCUGAUCCAUUUCUUCGUGCAACACAUGGAUAUGUAAGCGAAUAUAUUUCUGUCACUGUUAAAGGUGCAUUCAGUAAUUCUAAUCCAAUACACUUUUUUGUCAAAUUCUGGAAAUAUCUCCUCACAGUCUGCUAGUUUUCCAUUCUGUGGGUGGGCUGAAAAAAAAUCUAGUAUUUGUAUGCAGCCCUUGCUCUGUAAAUGGGACAAAAACAAAGUGGAUCGGACAGAUCCACACAACACUACUCCAGCCAAUCAGCAACAGGGUGUGGUUCUUGCGCGUGCACAGGAUGGGGGGGUGGGGGCAAAGCGAGAGGGAAAUUCAUUAGAAGAGCGACGGCAAAUCUGGCUGAUGCGAACUUUCUAAACUCGAAUUGCUGAGAAACAGACCAAGAGAAAAAGGUCAGACGAAUAUAAACUAAAAAAGAAGGAUUAUGAUAAAUCGAGGGCGGAGCUUCCAAAGGAGCACUGAAGGGAGAGGUGUGUUUGUUUUGACAGUUGAGUUCGAAUAUCAACAGUGUUUCACAGGAAUCGCCGAGUGCACCUUUAAUGUUCGUAUCCCCACGAGCAUGGAAGUAAAUCAGACAAUGUCACAUUCAGACAGCUACACUGCACUUUUUACGUAGUGCAAGCACUUAAAUGUUGAGAUGCGGGGGUUGUAUUUUGAAUUUUAGGUUACAAUGUUGUGAAUUUUGUGUUAAAAUAUGUACCUGACAUGACAAGUAAUUUCAUAAUUACACAUGCUAUAUGACAUCAUAUGGAUAGGAUAGGCUACAUGAAACUAUAUAGCCUAUAGAGUUAAGUGUAGAAGUUUGCAUACCCCUUCUGUUUUUAUAAGUUUCCUCACCCCUUUCAGAAUGUAUGCAAAUAGCCUAUAAGAGAUAAAAGAUUAUAUGUUUUAUGUACUGCCCUUCAAAAGCUACAUAACACUAAAUGUACUCUUAUUUACACACAUCAUCCUGUUCAAAAGUUUGCACCCCUUGGUGGUUCUUGUAUUGCCUUCUUGAGCAUCAGUAAUUGUUUGCACCCUCUGUAAUUGUUGUGUAUGAGUCCCUCAAUUGUCCCAAGUGUCAAAAGCUGGAUCUCAAUCAUAUAGCCACUAAAGAACUCAAAUGUGUAGGAAAUGCUGAGAAACCAAAUAAUUGUACAGUACAGUAGCUGGAGGUUUUUUCUUAAGUGGACAUCAUCACUGCUCAGGAAAAAGCAGGGACUCAUGAACAAUUAUUACACAAACAGUCAUUAAUCAUCAAGAAAGCAACACACCAUAUUAGAAACCAAAGGAAUGUAAACUUCUGAACAGGAUCGUGUGUGUAAAUUCAGUUACUAUUUUGUCUUGUGGAGUAUAUGUGAGGAUCUGUUAUGUCAAAUAGCUUCUUCAGGGCAGUACUAAAUAAAAACAAAAUGAUCCCUCAUUUAAAAAAAAGAAAGAAAAUGAUAAUACACACACACACACACAUUUUGAGACUUUAAAAAUCUGGUCACUCUUGUUUCAUUUAUUUUACAGUGAAGACUGCCUAAUUUCUGCACCACAUGGCUUACAUUAGAUCGCUAAAUAUUCAUUGAACAAUAUACAGUAUAGGUGGCAGUAUGUGUUGCUUUAUCUGUCAGUAAGUGACACAGCAGUGUUGUAGAGGAAUAUAGCUGAUACAGCGGGUCUGAUCAGAAGGUUGGGAGCAGAGGUAUUCAAACCUUAAGGUAUUUUUUGUAAAAUGAGUUAAUGGAGAUCUGUUGAAAGUUGCAUUUUUAAAUUUUGAAGUGUUGCUAUAAAUAUGGUGCUCCCUAGGCAUUUACAUUUAGAGAACGUAUUGGCAUAUUGUGUUCCCUUCAGUUGAUUCCUUAAAUUGUAUUUAGUUGCACUUAAAAAGGGCUUUUAAAAAUUCUUAAACUUAGCUUCAUAAAACCUGCAGAAACCCUGUUUAUUGUAUUCAGGUAAAUAAGCUUAAAAUACAGUCCAUUAAAGUCAUUGGGUGUUGAACACCAAACAAAGCUAAGAAAUCACACCAAUACUCAGGUUAUUAGACUGCCUUCCAGAUAGCCACCAAACUGGCAUUAAUGUAAUUUUACUUGUUUACAAAUUAAUUAAUUAAUGGCUCAGGUAGAACAUUAUUUUUCCUUAUAUGACAUCUUAAAUCACUAGGGUCAAACCACUUACUGUAGUAAUGCCUAAAGAUCCAAAAUGGUGAGUCGGCGAAGCUGUUAUACUAGCCACAAAUGAAACCAUGUCCCAGAUGAUGUCAUAUGUGCUCAACUGAAAACCCAACAGUUUUCCUGUGCUUUUUCUCAUUAAGCAUUACUGUACACUGCACUUAUUUUCUUUACCUUUUGAUGAUUGCACUUUUCUUUUUUUUUGUUCUGCUUGUAAGCGUGGUUCAUUUAUAUUAGUUUAAUUUAAUUCAAUAUUUUUAAAUACUUUAUAUGCCUGUGUAUUUUUAUUAGCUUUGAUAUAACGAUAUAAACCACAUUACAUGAAUGCAAGUGUGAUUACAAAUCUGGCAAGAAAAUUACAAAAAAACAUAUUUGCAAAAGGUAAAAAUUACAAAUACUUUUGAAUGUCACUUUUCUUCACUUUUUUUGAAUUCUACCAAAAUCUUGGUGUACAUUAAAGUAGUAUUACAUUAUUUAUUGUAAGUUGUUUUAAACAGUUUAUUAAAUUACAAUUUUCUGUUCUCCUUUGGAUCCGAGUACAUGUUUAAUGUAAUGGGGUAAGACAAUAAAAAUUAAUAAAUCCUUGAAGAGGGAUUUUAAACUAAA